AUGUCGAAGUUUUCUCUGCGUCAAAUUCUUUGCGAGGAAGAAUUGGUGAAAAAUAACGUUGCCUGUAUGACAUUAUUACUGAAUGGACUGGAGUACUUUCUGUUCCCGGAUCGUUACCAGAACGUUUCACUCAUACCUCGUUUGUCACUAAGGGAAUAUGAGGAUGUGGUAGUACUCAUUGGGGGCAAGAAUAUAAAGAAAGAGGAAUUAAAAAGCCUUGGCUGUUUUGUACUUUCCUCUAAGAAUUGGAUUUCAUUACCUGAUAUGCCUCAAUCUUGCAGUAAUCAUUGUACUGGUGUAUGUGGUGGAAUCUUGUUUGUCAUACAUCAAAUAUACCAAAGGUUUUCGUCGUCACUUACGUAUGUGUAUUCUUUGAACCCCAAACGAAGCACAUCAUGGAACUCUACUGAAUAUGGAAUUCUUGUUGGUCACGACUGUUCAGUGACAGCUUACAAUGAACAACUUUAUAUCGUGGGGGGCAGCAGUGAUGACUCUAAAGGAGUGAAAGUCUUCAAUCCAGCCCUUGGUACAUGGAAAAGGAUGGCACCAAUGAAUAUUGGGCGUGCUGGACAUUGUGCUGUUCUCCUACAGAAGCAUAUUUAUGCCAUUGGAGGUCACAAUAAUGAAAGUUGCCAGAAGAGUGUGGAGCGUUACAAUCCAGUAACAAACCAGUGGCAAACGAUUCGAGAUAUAUCCAAUGCCCGCACGUUUGCUGCAGCGGCUGUAUCAAAUGGGAAGAUCGUUGUUGGUGGGUUCAGUGCCAUGAAACCCUCAAAAGUCAUGGAAGUCUCCUGUGAAAUGUUUGACCCAUGUACAAAUGAAUGGAGUCUGGUCUCAAGUCCUGCUAUUUCACGUGCUGCUUGUGGAAUUGUGAGUAUAGAUGACAUUAUUUACUUGUCUGGAGGUCAACAUGAAGAAUGUUGCAUGGAAACUGUAGAGUCUUUUGAUUUGAUACGGAACGAGUGGCGAGCAGUAGCUUUUAUGCCAACUGAGCAUCAACGCUCUUUCCAUCAAGCUUCAGUACUAAGACUUCCUAAACAUAUUGUUUCUUAG